AUGAAAGCUCUUCAAGUUUCAUUUGUCAAUGGAGUAUUCACAGCCGAAGAGAAAUGCUAUGAGAACAAACCAAUACUACAUACGCAAAAUAGUUUAAAUGGUAAAAAUAUUAGUAGAAUCAGGGGAACUUAUAAUAAAUUAGAUCAUAUGUGUCAAACAUCUCUCGUCCAACACAAAUUUGCCUAUCUAGGGACAGCAUAUUCUAUUAGUGAAAAAGAAUUAAUGUUAAAAUUAAGUCAGUAUGUUGACUGUGAACCUCCACAAAUGAAAACACAAGAAGAGGAUAAAUUGCACUGUUUCUUCUCCACGAUUUCUGAGGAAAGAAGUGACGUGGAUACUGCCUGUGACUGUAUUGGAUAUCAGCCGAAAGGAAUAAGAACUAACAAAAUGGCGAUUUUGGAUUUAUUUUGCGUCCAACAUUCUACCAUUUUAAAAGCGGAGAAACUUGUGAACUUGGGUUUAGCGAAACAUUUUAUCUUGGUUAGUAGUUCCCUUCAAUGCAAAAGUAAGGCAGUUUUCCAGGAAACCAUGCUUCUAAGCACCGCUGGAAAAUAUUAUUGGACAUUUCAAGCCAAAAUAUGUAAAAUUUCAGGCUCACCUUUUUAUUUUCAAAGGGAUAGUGCUUCAUUAUUUUGGCAAAAGGUGCUGAGGACAAGAGCUGUGGCAGCUAAUGUUAUGGAUGGAAGUUCCAGAAAAGGUUUAAAAGGCAAAGCGUUGGAAAUUCAGAAAAAAGAAAGUGAGAAAUCGAUACAGGGACGUUUUUUGGAGGUUAGCAAAAAUUUACAAACUCAACAAUUAACUCUGUGUAAAUCACCCACAGUAGGAGAAGUGGUAGGUUCAGUCAUCAUUCCUUUCAAACUAGUAAUUAGACGCUUUCAGAAAUUAAGUAGGUACACUAUGCCAAACACGCUUUUAUUCUUUGUAAAAAGUAAUGAUCCAGGAUAUUAUGCUUCAAUGACCAGUUAUCAGUUGAGUACUGAACUACUUAUACCUGAAAGAAUAGUUAUUUUGCAGUUUGCCAAGAGAGGGAUUUACAUCAUUCACACCAUUCACUUUACGGCACCAAUUUUAUGCAUAUGUGCUGACAGGGAUAAGCCAUUUAAAAUUAAUUCUACCUCCCUAUCAUUUAAAUCAUUACAAAAAGAUACUCUGUUUAACAAGAAAAUGAACUUUCAUUGUAAGUGCAAUUGGGAAAAAACAUUCCUUUUACUAAUAUUUCAAUAG